AUGUCAGAAAUAAAUGAUGAAUGGUCAGAAAAUCAAAAGCAGGAAGAUACAGUUGAUUUUGAAGGGAAGGGCACAACACCACCGCGCCCAGUUGAACAAUCAGAUAACGCGAACAACUUGAAUAACUUGGAUAACUUGCACAGCAAUCGCCAACAAACACCACACCAAAUAGACCAACAAGGCCAAAAAGAUCAACAAGAUCACUCUGAUUACCCUGCUAGUUACUCUCACUCCAAUCAAAACGAUAAUCCCCAAGGUUGUAUCGUUCACGUCUCACAUAUGCACGUUGGCGUCGAUGAUCAAUUACUCACUGAGCAUAUGUCUAGUUCUGGAAAGGUCUUAAAAGUCGUCAUUAUGCUCGAUCCACACACGAGAGAAUCUAGAGGUUUUGGUUUUGUCACUUUCGAAAAUCCAUCCGAGGCAGACGACGCAAUUGAAAAGCUACACCUUUCCCAGAUCUUAGGGAAGACUAUCACCGUUGCAAGAGCACGUAGAGGUCGUCCACGCGAACCAACUCCUGGCCAGUAUAUUGGUCCACCAAAAUAUGACAGAUCCAUGUCUGCUAGACCUCAAAAACCACGCUAUCAACCAUACCCUUCACCAAGGGAUCACGGGGGUUACGACCGCAAUGAUCGCUACGAGCGCGGUCCUCCACGGUACGCAGCCCGCUACCACCCAUACCAUGACAGAUAUGACAGAUAUGGUGAUUCUGGUCGCAGGUCUUACCCACCACCUUCACGCGAAUAUAGUGACUACCCUCCUCCACCAAAAGAUUACUAUGGCAGCACACCAUAUAAGCCAUAUCCACGCGGCGGCCCACCACAUUCACUCCCAUACAAACCUUACAAGCCGAUGGGACCAAGAGAUAGAUAUGAUGACUAUAGUAGACCUCCUAGAGGUCCUCCAAGGGAUUAUUCACCAAGAUCUUAUCCACCGAGGGACUACCCACCAAGAGAUUUUCCACCAAGAGAUGACUUUGACAGGCCACCAAGAAGAUUCACACCAAGAAAUGAUUAUAGAGAUGAUUACAGACCCGGUCCAACGAGAGACUAUCCGCCAAGAGACUACCCACCAAGAGACUAUCUUCCAAGAGAUUAUCCUCCAAGGGACUACCCGCCACGAGACUAUGAUGGAGGAUUCAAGAAGUAUUAA